UUUUUAAAAAAGUUGAAUUUUGUACCACGCUCAUUUAAUCCAAAGUAAAUAAAUAUUUUUGAUUUUUGAAUUGAAAAAAAUGGAGCAAGAUUGUUGUAGAAUUUGUUUAUCCAAAACCCAAUCAACUGGACGCCAAGAUUUGUUUCUGGAAGACAAGAAAACUUUAAGUGUAGUUGGUGAUUUGUACGAAGAAGUCCUAAGCAUACCCAUCGCUGAUGGAAAAAUUACGCUUGCAUAUAUUUGUAGCAGUUGUGAUUUGCAGUUGAAACUAUUUAAACAACUUAAAAACAAAGCUCUUGAAUCUUAUUUAUUACUUAAUGAUCUAUUUAAUAGUGUUCUUUGCAAAGAUGAAUAUCAUGUGGAGACUGAAGAAAACCAAUCCAAUGCAGAAUUAGCCAACAACGUCGAAUCAAUAAUAGAUAGUAGCCUUUUAAAGGAUGAAUAUUUUAUUGAAAAUGAUGAGCAUACUUCGAUUGGUGAAUAUAUUGAUUGCCGAGAUAAUGAACAACCAGACAACGAAGUCACUGGAAAUGAUUUUUCUGAUAGUGACUUUAUUGAAAAUUACCUAGCGGAAAAUGCCAUUAUCAAUAAUGAUGAAUUGGAGACUGAGGGUGAAAAUAUAUUUGUACCUGUUGAAGAAGAAGAUGAAGGAAGAAAAGAAGAAAUAGAAGAAGAGAGAGGUGAAGAAAAAGAAGAAAAGAGAGAAGAACAAAUAGAAGAAGAGAGUGAAGUACAAACAGAAGAAGAGAAAGAAGAAGAAAUAGAAGAAGAGAGAGAAGAACAAGUUGAAGAACAAAUAGAAGAAGAAAUAGAAGAGAGAGAAGAAGGUGUAGAAGACCGAAGAGCAGAAAAAGAAAGCGAAGACAAUGAGGAAAGAGAAGACGAAUCUGUGAAUUUUGAUGAUUUCACCAACAAUGAAGAAGAUAUUCGUAUGGAUACAUCAGAAGACGAAGAUUUUGAGAUCUGUUAUUUAGAUGAUGAUAUAAUUCUAGAAAAUACCGAAAUAGAAUUAAAUGAAGAGGAAUAUGAUGGAGAAAGUAUUAUUUUGGAAGAAAGUACAAACGAAAAAAAGUCAACUAAUAAAUCUAAAGAGAGUAAUGGUAUUUUUCCUUGUCCUUACUGUGAUCAAGUUUUCCAAUUUAAAACACAAUUAAGUACACAUAAAAAGAAAAUGCAUAAAGUAACAACAAAACUUCAAUGCCCAAUAUGUCUCAAGAUGCUGUUGUGUGAAGAUACAUAUCAGGCCCAUAUUAAUGUACAUAACGGAUUACCUGCCUAUCAAUGUAAUAUUUGUGAAAAAACCUUCAAUCAAAAAGUACAUUACACCUACCACAUGCUAAAUCAUCGUAAUGAAAGAAACAUAAUUUGUGAUGUUUGUCAGAAAGCAUUCAUCAGUAAAGGCGAUUUAAAAACACACAUGCGGUGUCAUACAGAUGAAAGGCGCUAUAAAUGUGAUAUUUGUGAAAAAAGAUUCAAGGCAAACACACACAUGAUUAAUCAUCGUUAUUCACACUUUGAAAAGCAAUUUGAGUGUCCUGAGUGCUUUCAAAAAUAUAUGUCACCAAAUACGUUGCGAACGCAUUUCAAAGCUGUGCACAAAGCAGAAGUUCCAUACGAGUGUAAUUAUUGUGAAAAGAGAUUCAAACGAAAACAUCAUUUACAAGCACAUUACAAAACACAUACUAAAGUGAUAGACACAUCUACGAUAUUAGAAGAAUGAUUUUGUUUUUAGUUAAGCGACUUGCAAAAACAAAAAAUAUAAAAAAAAAUAAAGACACAUUAUAAAGUUUUUUUUUAAAUAAUUACUAUUCAAUAUUGAAUUGUUAGAAAUGAAUACUUAACUACAAAAAUUUAUAAGCAAUAAAGGGUUGCUGUUUUUAAGAAAAAAAAAAAAAAAACUACUAGUAACUUCAAAUGCGUACUAAAAACCCAAAUUUUAAUAUUUUCGAAAUCCCGUAUUUUUCUAGGCAGGAUAAUCUUUUAAAGAUUUUUACUAAAUUUCAAAUAAAAAUAUUUAAAAUUGCUUGUGUUGGUGCGUGCCGUUGAGAUUCAUUUUUAAAAAGAGUCUACUUUAAAGAGUAGAUUGUAGCGAUGCCAUUUUGUAAUAUAUUUUUACCAUCCACGAAACCUAACAUUAUAUCCUUACUUUUGAGUGUUGUUAUGUUGAGAAUGUAAUUUAAAUAUAUGUACUUACGUUGGUGUCCUUGUAGUUAUUUGAAAAAGCCAGUUUUUCCUUUUCGGUUUAAAGUAUUUUUAAUUUUAAUUUAACGAUCAAUAAAACAAAUUAUUUUAUUUUUUUCUUAAAUGGACAUUUAUUUGUGUAUGGAAGGAGGUAUGUAAUAAAUUAAAAAAAAAAAACAUAAAUUAGAUGUUACCAUUAAAUUAAUAAAUAAUCGUUUCCUUAGGUACUGCAACAUUCAAUCAGGUCCAAGUUUAAACUGUUUUUUUUUUUUUUU